AUGCAGCUUUGGGCUCAUGGAUCCGGGCUGGCCUGGGUCUGGCUUAAGUUGCUCCUGAGCUGCAGCUUCAAUGCGUCGCAUCUGUUGUUGCUACGCGUCCUGAUGCUGCGAGUGUGGAAGGCUUCUGGCGAAGAACUGACUUCAAUCACAAGGGAGGAGCUCACCCAGAUGGCAGAAGCAGAUGGCUUGCCUGUGAGGGCCCUGAAGCGGCACCUGCAUCAGCUUUGCAGGCAACCUAGAUUCCGGCAGAGACUGCUGUGGGCUGAUGGCUCUGAGCUGACCGACAACUUGAACUUGGACGAUCUCCAAGCCGGAGCCCAGGAUCUGCAGCUUGUGCUGCUCCCUUGUGCUGAAACCUCCAACGAGCAAAUGAAUGAGCUAGAUGCAGCCGCGCGGAAUGACAGCGUGCUUGAUGUUGAAGCCAUUCUCCACAGACCUCAAGAUCCGAAUUUGGGCUCAGCUUUGCAUGAAGCCGCUGUAUGCGGAAGUCUUGAAGUUGCAGCCUUGUUGGUGGAAGCUGGGGCAAGUAUCGACAAGGAGGGGGGUCAUGAUAGGCAGACUCCCAUGCACCUGGCUUCUGCACAUGGCCACUUGGAUGUGGUCCGCUUUCUCGUUCAUUGUGGUGCUGACAAGGGCAUGUUGGAUAUUCAGGGGCAGACUCCCCUUCACCUCGCUUGUGCAAACGGGCAUUUGGAGGUAGUCCGUUUCCUCCUGCUGGGUACGGGCCCCAGCAUUGACAUGCCUGGGCCUGAUGGAAACACACCUCUUCACUUGGCUUCCGCAAACGGGCACUUGGAUGAGGUUCGCUUCCUGGUGCUAGAUGCGGGUGCUAAUGUGCACUUGCACAAUGAUGAUGAAGAGACUCCGCUUCAUCUGGCUUCAGGAAAUGGACACCUAGAGGUGGUCCGUUUCCUAGUGACAGAUGGAGGCGCCGACAUAGACGCCCUGAACAUCGCAGGAUGGACUCCUCUUCACCUGGCUUGUGAGCAUGGUCGCUUCGAGAUAACCCGCUUCCUUGUGGCUGCAGGCGCCGAUAUCCACCAAAAAGAUGAUCAGCGACUCACUGCCUUGGAGCACGCGUCUUCCUGUGGGAACCCUGCGAUUGUGGACUUCCUGCUGCGAGCACACCUCAACAAGGAGCAUGUUCAGAGCGAGGAUGCAGCCCCUGCUGCAAAGCGAGUCUGUCGCAGGUGCCCGGCCAGAGCCCAGGGCCUGCGAGACCAUACCAACUCACCCGAGCCCGAAAGGCGAUGCGUGGUACAGUAG